AGAACGCAGAUAACCAAACACGACUUUCCUCGUUCGGUUCCCAAAGGUUGAAAGAAAAUAGUCUCUAGUUAACUUGUUUUUUUUUUUUUUUCCUAUUUGCACCUGAGAAAAUGGAAGAGCCGAAAGCAGCCCCGAACCCACCAGAAGCAACAGCUCCGCCACCGCCACCCGCACCGCCUACAGCAACAGAACAGGCAGCUAGCAGGAAAAGGCCUUUAGAAAACAGCGAUGACCAAUUCCAAAAUUCGCCAUAUUUCAAGAUGCGCCUUGUUCUCAAAGAUCUUCGUCCUCAUUUCGUCGAGGUUCUUCGGGUGCCUGAUUUUCGAAAUUGCAAGGCCGCCGAUGAAAUCAAAGAAAAGACAAAGCAUUUGGCAGAAUUGUACAAGCAGACGAUAGCCUCCACGGAGAAAAGUAACAACUCACCUGGAGGCCAGACACUACAAGGUGAAACCGGAAUGAAGCAGAAGCCCCAGGAGGAGCGGGUCAUUAAGCCAGCACCAGCCGUAUCAUCCAAAAACAAGACUUUCCAGUCGAGUAGUAUCGCCGGGAAACUACAAUCUGAAGAUGGUGAAGCUCCAGGGACAUAUAUCGUUGGGGGAUCGGCUUUUGGGUGGAACUUUAUCACGUUUACAGGGAACAAACCAGUCUAUUAUGGAGUAACAAAGGAAUCAUUUCGAAGUGCUCAAGCAAGUUCAGGUCUAGGAGUGUGAAGUCUGUCCGACAUGUAUUGUGGGCUAAAUAUUGCAACGGUAAAUGCUUUUGGAGCUCAACCUUUAUAUUAACAUUGGGGGAUUGUCAUUUGUAUAACUCUUUCUUUUUAACGUACUUUUUGCGGAUUCAGUUCGGGGUUCUGUAGGUUGGAUUUCUAA